AUGCCGGGGAGCGCCGCGGCACCGGGAGGCGGCCAGGUACGGGAACGGCACCGGGAGCGGCACCGGGAGCGGCACGGGAGAGCCGCGCGGGGCCGGGGCCGGUGCGGGGUGGGUGGAGCCGCCCCCGCCGCGUUUCCGCCGCUGUCACCGGGCGCUCCCGCCGGCACCGGGGCCGCUCCCGCCGGAGACAAAGGCGGGAGGAUGCCGGGCAGCGCCGCGGCACCGGGAGGCGGCCAGCUGCGGGUCCGGCGGUGCCGGGGGUGCUGUCGGUACCGCGGGGAGGAUUCCGGUGCCGGUGCCGCGGGAAGCGGUGGCGAGAUGCCCGUGGCCGACGGUCCCACGGGAUGCGAUGCCGCGGUUUCCUUGGUCCCGCCGCCCCCCGGGACAUGCCGGGGUCCCCCCGCGCGGCCCCCGGUGCCCCGAGCCCCGGCACCCCACAUGAGCAGGAACCGGAGCGGCGUGGCCGGGCCCGAGCCGCAGCCCCCCCCGGCCAUGCCGGGUGCCGACCCCCGCCGCGGGCGCCGCCGCCUCUCGGGCACGCUCCAGGUGCCCCCCUGGAAGCCCCCGGAGCCCCCCGAGCCCCCGCGCCCCUCCUCGCUGCCCCUGCGGGCCCCGCCGGCCACCCCGGCCCGCUCCCGCAGGUACGGGGGGCACCGGGGGACACCGGGAGGCUGCCGGCACCGGGGGGCGCCGGUCCCGGGGCGGGGGGAGGCGCCGAGCCGGGCGCGGAGGCGGCACCGGCAGCGGCACCGGCGGCGGCACCGGCGGCGGCGCCGGAGGCACCGGGAGGUUCUUUCCCGGGUCUUUCCAACCGGUUGCGCGGGGCCAUGCGGAACCCGGGACCGGGAGGAGCCGCUGCCGGUACCGCGGGUCGCUAAGGAGGAACCCCGGAACCGGCACCGGGAGGAGCUCUGGCACCGGGGGGGGCUCCGGGACCCGCUCCGGUACCGUCUCCGUUACUGGCAGCGGCUCCGGCACCGCGGUCCCGGUCCCGGCAGCAUUCCGGGUGCCCGGCUCCCCCCGGUGCCGGCGAUGAUGGAGCCGGUGCCGGGCUCCAGGAAGAGCCUGUCGCUGUCGCUGCCGGUGCCCCGGGAGGGCCCGGGGCCCCUGCGCCCCCCGCAGCACCUCUGGCGCCAGCCCCGCACCCCGAUCCGCAUCCGCCACCGCGGCUUCUCCGACACCGACCGGCACCGGCCCCGGCCCAUGGAGCGGGCGGAUGCCGUGGACACCGGGGACCGGCCCGGGCUGCGCAGCGCCCGCAUGUCCUGGCCCUCCUCCCUCCAUGGCACCCCUGGCACCGGCAAGCGCUCGGAGGUGGAGAAUGGCCCGUGGGGGGGGCAGAGCCCCCCCGAGCCGCGGGCCAGCCCGGGCCGGGGGCUCCUGGCCGGGGCCCUCCCGGCGCAGCGCCGCGAGUCCUUCCUGUACCGCUCCGACAGCGACUUCGACACCUCCCCCCAAGAGCAUCUCCCGCAACUCCUCCGUGGCCAGCGACGCCCACGCCGAGGAUUUGAUCGUCACCCCCUUCGCUCAGGUCCUGGCCAGUCUCCGCAGUGUCCGCAGCAACUUCUCCAUCCUGACCAAAGUCACCACCCCCCCCCGGCAGCACAGGACACGGCCCAGCAGCUGGCGCGGGACACGCUGGAGGAGCUGGACUGGUGCCUGGAGCAGCUGGAGACGCUGCAGACCCACCGGGCCGUCAGCGAGAUGGCCUCCAACAAGUUCAAGCGGAUGCUGAACCGGGAGCUGACGCACCUGUCCGAGAUGAGCCGCUCGGGGGAACCAGGUGUCCGAGUACAUCGCCAGCACCUUCCUGGGUGAGACCC